GGAUUUGUUUAUUUAACAGUCAGGGGGUUGUGUCAAUCUAGACCAUAAUGCACACGAACCCAGUGCAGUAUGACAAGAGUUCUCUCUGUCUCUUAGUUCCAUAUUCAACACUGUUGUUGCAAUGAUCCUUUUGUCGUUCUAUUCUUUGUACAUCGUUGGCGUUAACGCAUUUAUUCCUAACGCCUUUACACCAUAUAUCACUCCUAGUGAUUACACUCAUCAGGAUCUUACGGAGCAGGGUAUUUUGUUGGCGGUUGCAGAGUACUUUGAGAGUAAAGCCGCCCCUGGACAAUCCGCACCACCACAACCUGGAUCUCUGACGGGAAUAGCAAAUAUAACAGCUCGGAAAUUGUUUGACGCUUACUAUGGGUCUUAUGUGCCAGAGAAGAAGUUUCAGUCCGCCAUUGAUGAUAUCGUCGAUCACAACUCUCGCGUGGACCACGAUCACUCACGAGAGGCUGCCUGGCAUUUUAAUGGCGAACAAAUCAACCAAGGGAAUAAUAUUUUAUUAAACCUACGAUCGUCAGCAUUUGACGCCUUGAAUGUCUCGCAACCAAAUUAUGCCACGGCCCGUAACAUGAUUGGACAGUACUUACAUGUUCUUCAAGAUUUUUAUAGUAAUACCAACUGGAAAAAAAUCAACUCGUCGACUUACUACAGUGAUUUAGGCGUUCCUGGCAAAUCACUGCUUCCUGUAGCAGCAGCAUCUGAGGACACCUGUAAAAACUGUGGUGAUGUACUUCCUUGUUUGUUUGAUCCGCCCCUGUUGACCAAUAACAACAAACUGACAAGCGGAUACAGGAGUGGACAAGAUAUCGUUAAACCUUCAAAACCAACCACAAACACAACAGGAAAAUGCAGUCAUGGCGGGAAAUUUGACACUAGUGCCACUAUUGUUGCUGCUCUUGGCGGAAUAAAUAAAGAAACAAACACAGCGGCCUACUCACCUCUAUCUGUAAAUCACACAGCAGUUUCAAAACUUGCCAUUCAACAUACAAAAUAUUUCUUCACUGGCAAAACUUAUGGACUGAGGGCAGUGUUUGGGGAUAAUAAAUUUGAAAGUCUUCUGCAACUUCACGCCGGAAUAUCUCUGUGUUUUGUCAUUGAUACCAGUGUUUCUACAGAAAGAGACGCGAUCAAACAGGAAAUCCAGAAACUGGUGGCCUCCGGAAGUAAUCCCUAUAACUAUAUACUGGUCUACACAAAUCAAGGCCAAACAACGCCGACAGUUAUCACAAAAACCAGCGGUACUGAUAUCGUAUCUGCCUUCAGUUCUAUUAGCAUAGCGACCAACCAUUCCUGUACUUACUCCGUAUCAGGAACAGAAGCAGCGGUUACAGCGGCUGAAUAUGGGUCUAAAGUUUAUGUAUUCAGUGACGCUACACCAAAAAACGAUAUAACUAUAAGAUACAUUCAGGCCAUGGCUACAGAGAAAGAUUUACGGAUAUCAUUUCUUCUUACCGGACAAUGUAAGCAGAAACGGUCCACAGACAAAUGGUCUUUUCUUUUUAAUGCCAAGAGAGAACAACAAAAACCAUUACACUUCACACAUCAGUUUCUGGUUCCGAAAGGGAGAAACUGGUUAAGGUCAACAAGUCCUAGAAUAGGAAGCAAGGUUUUAUUAUCAGUGAGAGUUAAUGACCCUGACGCUGUAUCAUCAGUGGACUCCGUCAGAAUCGGCAAUCUCAAACAGGCACUACGUAAACUUAAAAGAAGUCGCAUGCCUGGAAUUUAUUCUACAUUUAUAUCAGAUUUUCCAAAAAUCCAGGACACCGAUGUCUACGUUAAGGGGACGACCAAAGAUGGACUAAUUUUUCAAAAGAAGUCACAGGAAAUAUAAUUUAUUUUUGUAAA